AUGUUGGAAACCUACCUGAACCUCAAAGCUAUUGGCUAUAAUGGGGAAGACCAUCACCUUGAAGAACAUUUUCAAAGUAGUACAAGACAUGAAAGUGUCAUAAGAAGUCAUAGUGGAGAGAAACCCUAUGAGUGUAAUCAAUGUGGUAAAGACUUUGCACAGCGCAGUACUUUGCAAUAUCAGAAAAGAACAAGUACUGGAGAGAAACCUUAUAAAUGUAAUCAAUGUGGUAAAGCCUUUUCAGGUCACAGUAAUCUCCGAAGACAUAAAAGAACACAUGCGGGAGAGAAACCUUCUGAAUGUAAUCAAUGUGGUAGAGCCUUUGCAAGACCGAGUGAUCUCCAAAGACAUAAACUGACACAUACUGGAGAGAAACCUUAUCAAUGUAAUCAAUGUGGUAAAGCCUUUGCAAGACCCAGUCAUCUCCAAAGACAUAAAAGAACACAUACUGGAGAGAAACCUUAUGAAUGUAAUCAAUGUUUUAAAGCCUUUUCACAUCACAGUAAUCUCCAAAGACAUAAACUGACACAUACUGGAGAGAAAACUUAUGAAUGUAACAAAUGUGGUAAAGUCUUUGCAGGUCACAGUGAUCUCCAAAAUCAUAAAAGAACACAUACUGGAGAGAAACCUUAUGAAUGUAACCAGUGUUUUAAAGCCUUUUCACAUCACAGUAAUCUCCAAAGACAUAAACUGACACAUACUAGAGAGAAACCUUAUGAAUGUAACCAAUGUGGUAAAGCCUUUGCAAGACCCUGUCAUCUCCAAAAUCAUAAAAGAACACAUACUGGAGAGAAACCUUAUGAAUGUAAUCAAUGUGGUAAAGCCUUUGCAAGACCCAGUGAUCUCCAAAAUCAUAAAAGAACACAUACUGGAGAGAAACCUUAUGAAUGUAAUCAAUGUUUUAAAGCCUUUUCACGUCACAGUGAUCUCCAAAGACAUAAACUGACACAUACUGGAGAGAAACCUUAUGAAUGUAACCAAUGUGGUAAAGCCUUUGCAAGACCCAGUGAUCUCCAAAAUCAUAAAAGAACACAUACUGGAGAGAAACCUUAUGAAUGUAAUCAAUGUUUUAAAGCCUUUUCACGUCACAGUGAUCUCCAAAGACAUAAACUGACACAUACUGGAGAGAAACCUUAUGAAUGUAACCAAUGUGGUAAAGCCUUUGCAAGACCCAGUCAUCUCCAAUAUCAUAAAAGAACACAUACUGGAGAGAAACCUUAUGAAUGUAACCAAUGCAGUAAAGUCUUUGCAAGACCCAGUGAUCUCCAAAAUCAUAAAAGAACACAUACUGGAGAGAAACCUUAUGAAUGUAAUCUAUGUGGUAAAGCCUUUUCACAUCACAGUAAUCUCCAAAGACAUAAGAAAACACACACUCGAGAGAAAUCUUACGAAUAUAAUCAAUGCACAAUUGGGAAGUCACUUGUAAACGGGUGA